AUGUCCGGCGCAGCCCAACAUGGAUUCAACAUCCAAGCCACCCUUUUCUUUGCUCCGGAGAACAUAGAAAAAGUCCUAGAGGCACUCACACCGGUCUACGAGAGGACUAUAGCGGAGCCUGAAUGUCUUUCUUUUCAGGUAUACCAGCUACAUGACGACCCUGGACAAAUACUCUUAGUAGAAGAUUGGGAAACCCCUUUGGAUCGCUACAUGGUUGAGAGACUCAAAGUGGAUUAUAUGCAGGAAUUCUUUGCGAUUAUCGAGCCGUUGUUUGUGAAGACCCAGGAGGUUAAGGUGUUUAGCCGCCUUCCUCAAUUCAAUAAAAUCAAGCAGUAA